AUGAAGUUUCCCCUUCACGUCUCACUCCUCUUCAACUCAUCUCAUGACGCGGAUCAGUACACGAGUAGAGAUCCACAUUAUUCAAAAGCUGCUUCGCGAAUCGGUUUAAGCUCUUCAACGUCUUUAAAAGGAUUAAAAAUGAUUGAUCCGGUUUAUGGUGGAGUUUUCGGCGUUAUCGUCAUCGCAGCUCUCGUCUUCUGCUACUUUGCACGUCAAGACGACUCCGACGAGCAAUACGACAGGUUUGCCAAAAAUCUGGUGGUCGAAAAGAAGUUGCCGGGAUCAAAGGUGAAGCCGCAGAAGAACAAGAAGGAGAAGAAAACGGUGGAGAAGAAAGAGCGUCCACGGCCAUCAUCUCCAAAGAUUAUCAAGCUUAAGCCGCAGCCUCAUGUUAUUGAAAAGCCUCAAAUUGUUUCUGAUGGAACGACUGAUCGAGAGUGUCAAAUGAUCCCACAAGACCCAGUGAGCAUCGAUCAGAAGCAAGAAGUCGUCCAACAGCUGCCCACGCCAGCAACUCCUGUUGUUGUUGAAGAAGUCGCAACCGCAAAGGAUCCAGAAGUCAUCAUCGAAGCCUGUGCCCCCAUCGAGCGACCAGUUAAUGUCGUUGAGGAGACGCAAUCGCAAAGAGAAGCCAACAUCGCUCCCGUCCAGGUCCUACCGCAAGCUAUUGAGAAGUCUUCGCGGAGGCCUAUGUCAAAGAGAAAAAAGAAAGCUGUGCCUUCAUGGGAUUUGAACGAUCCAAAUCAAGGGGUACAAGAACUCCUCGGUUAUCUUGGCAAUGUCGACGCUGUUGAGCCGGAAUGUAUCUCCCUCUUGGCUCAAUACUUUGCUGAUUUAAACGACAAGGCGACAAACUUUAAGCUGACCAUCUCCAACCUUGAAAAGUCGCUUUCGGAUCUGAGACAACGAGCCGAACAACACUGUGUGGCAAGGAUGUCAGCUGAGAAAGACUCACAGACGCAUCAACAUCAUGUCGCGGAGAUGGGCAAAAAGAUGGCCAAUCUCGAGAAGGAGUUGGAAAACAACAAGGCAAACAUGGAUCAACUAAAGAAAGCAGCUGCUGAAAACAACUCGCUGACGACCACCAAUGUCGAACUUAAGACCGAAAUGGAACGUCUCCAACAGAUGGAACAAUCAGCUCAGCAGCAAUCACAAGUGUUGCAGCAACAGGUCAAGGAAUGGAAGCUAAAGUCGGACGCGGCUCUCAAAGAAAUUCAAUGCCUUCGAUUGAGCCUGGACCACAAUCGACAAGCACAAGCCGACUUGAAUGAGAUUCACGCAGAGCUUAUUGGCCGAGAUGCCACAAUUUCACUUAUUCGCUCCGAGUUUGCUGAAUUGGAGCUGCUCACCCGAGACUACAUUCAGAAUAGGCAACAACGGGAUAAAAUGGUUUAUGUUGCCUCUUUGAAGAAGCUGGAGAAUACUAUGAGUGGAGUGACCGAUCAAUGGAAUCAACUCUCGCUUGAAUUGGAGACAAAGGAAGACGAUUGGAAAUCGAAGGAGAUAACGCUUCGUAAUGAAAACGAUCGCUUGCUUCGAAUGGUGGAUGACCUUAAGAAAGAAAAAGAAAAGCUUGAACAUCUUGAACGCUCAAAUGCAACAAUCAGAGAGCAACAUCUUGAGAAAGAAGCCACGUUGAAGAAGCUUUCGGCGGUACACGAGGCUACUCAAGAAUGUCUCAAGUCGGAAAACGAAAGCCUCAAAGCAAGUGUAGCUGCCGUGCGGUGUGAGAUGUCAGUUCUUAUUUCACUUCAGAAUCAAGAGCUAAGCGGUUUACGAGCUACAUGUGCCCAACGCGAAGAAGAAAACGUCAAACUCAAGAAAACCAACGACAAGCUGACUGCGCUUUCGCUUACGCCGCAACAACCUGCCAAGUCCGCAACUACCAUCGACCAAAUGGAGCAUCUUUGUGAGGAGAAUCAGCGACUGUUGGAGAAAAUUGAGGAGCUCCGAUCAAGGAACCACGCAAUCAUGAGCUACGUGUAUGAUUUGGAGGCUAAAAUGAAGACUCAACAUUCAGCAGCACCUCAAGAUACCACUAAACACCCUAAACCAUUAAAGGUACUUGUUGAUUGUACAGUGGCCAAGAAUUCGAGUGUUGUUGCUACACAGGUUCCAGCUGAAGCCGCGGAUUUGGAGGAGACUUUCAAGAAUUUGGCUACGAAUUUGGAAAAGAUUGAGAGCACCUGGGAAAGCCGAAUGGAUAAAUGCGAAACGAUCAUCACUCAAUUCGAAAAGAAGAUCGCUCAAAAGAACACUCUCAUCGAUGUAGAU